ACUGUGUACUAGCAUCAUCUAAUGAGACAUUAGAGUACAUACAAAAGAAAAACAUUAUUUCUGCAACGUUUUUAACUAGACGUUCUCAGAUGACAGUGUGCAACAUGUUUGUAGCAGCUCAGUCAAUAGUGCCACAUGGAAGGGGAAAGAGGAAAAUUCCAGAGGACUACAGUAAAAUAAAGAAAGAAAUUAGGAAAAUAAAUGGGUAGCAAUGAUGAAUGAAAUGAAUACCAUGAUAUGCUACAUAUAAGUAAAGGAUAAAGAAUUAUCAACAGUGCUUCAUAAAAGAGAUGGCAGGUCAUUAGAAAUGGAAGAGAUACACAAGCUUAUUAAAAUCCUCUCUGCAAAACAUACCUUCAAUAUGAUGAUAAUGGCUGUAAACGCUUUUUCAGGAUUUCCAAAGUUCAGUGUAGUGACACAAUGGCAAGACCAAGACGAAACCUUAGUGAUUUUCAAAUUUCGGAAGUGCUUCUUGCCUCAGACAAUGAGAGUGAAAUUGACUGUAUUGAAGCAGAGGUACUGUAUGAUAGUGACCUUGACGAAGAAUAUGUGCCUAGUCGUUAGGAAAUGAUAGAAAGUUCUGACAGUGACUCAGAAGAAGACGUCCCACGCCGCCGCAUAGAAACAAAGGCGGCUGGUCAGAAGAGGAAGAGGCCUAGGCACCUCCCCUCCACCAUCUCACCUGAUAACAUCGCCACCCCCUCUACUGGCCUUGCCACCUCUACUCCUGGCCCUAGUGGCUACUCUGUUCCACUUGCCGUUGGUGAUUCGGAUCCACAUUCUUCUACUGCUGCCCAUGCUGCAACCCCUCCUGCUGUCCCUGCUGCAACCCCUGCUACUGCUCCUGCUGCAACCCCUACUACUACUCCUGCUGCUCCUGCUGUCCCUGCUCCAACCCCUGCUACUGCUCCUGCUGCAAUCCUUGCUACUACUCCUGCUGCUCCCCGAGGACAACGGCGACAACGUGCAGAUGAUGGGGAGUUGCUAGUAACUUUUAACUCGGCAACUGUGAAAAGUAACUCUGGUUAUACGUGGCACACAAGCCCACAGGUGGCUGCCGCAAGAAGGACACCAGCUCGCAAUAUUGUGGUGUCAAGUAGGCCAGGUCCCACACAAGCAGCUUCUCAAUGCACCACACCUGAGGAGUGUUUUCACCUGUUUAUGUCCACUACAAUUGUUGAUCUUAUUGUGGACUUUACUAACAAGAAAAUUGAUGAUGUUGCCACAAAAUACAAGAGGAAGACAGCAACUGUACAGCACACAACAGCUGCAGAGAUACAUGCCCUUCUAGGUGUUCUAAUAUUUAGCGGCUACCGCAAAGAUAACCACCUAAAUACUAGGGAAUUGUGGUGCUCUGAGGUAGGGGCUUUGUUCUACAAGGCAGCAAUGUCUGAGGUCAGAUUCAAUUAUCUGCUAUACUGCCUCAGAUUUGACGACAUCGGCACACGUGAGCAGAGGCGGGCCACAGACAAAUUCGCUCCGGUCAGGGAAAUGUGGGACAUGUUCAUGGCAAACUGUGAGGAUAAUUACACACCUCACGAGAACCUCACAGUUGAUGAACAGUUGCUUGCUUUUAGGGGAAAGUCCCCUUUUAAAAUGUACAACCCUAAUAAGCCAGCAAAGUAUGGGAUAAAAAUCGUUAUGGUGAACGAUGUCCAAAGUAAGUACCUGUUGCAAGCUAUUCCCUACCUAGGAAAAGCAGGUACAACAACAAGGCAUGGGCUGACGCUGGGCCACAUGUUCACCAAAGAUUUAACCAGCCGCUACCAGAACACGAACAGGAAUGUGACAACAGAUAAUUGGUUUACGUCUGUGCCCCUCAUACAGGACCUCCUGACUAUUGGGCUGACAUUGGUGGGCACAGUCAGGGCCAACAAGCCAGAAAUCCCACCUGUCAUGAGGGAAAAGAAGGACCGCAGACCCGGGAGUUCAGCAUUCCUCUUCACAGACGAUAUGACACUCGUAUCAUACGUGCCAAACACACAAACAACAAAGAAGAAUGUGCUCCUCCUUUCAAGUAUGCACACACAGCAAGUAGUGAAUGACGUCACCGGAAAGCCUAACAUCAUUGAAUUUUAUAAUGAGACAAAAGGAGGGGUCGACACGUUCGAUCAAAUGUGUGCAACAUAUACUUGCAGCAGAAAAACAAAUAGGUGGCCAUUGUGUGUUUUCUUUGGGAUGGUCAAUGCAAGUGUCAUUAACUCCUGGAUUAUAUACAAGGCAAAUAAUCCAACGCUAGGACGCAAGGAAUUGCACAGGAGAAAAUUCAUGCAUGGACUGGCCCUGCAACUAAUCAAGCCCUCAGCGCGGGAACGGAUGAACAACCCGUCUCAGCAUCGCCAGGUGAAGCUGGCCAUAAGACAGGUGUGCUCCCUCAACCUCCCCUCUGGCACAGCUGCAGGUGCUGGAGCAUCGGCAGCCGAGAUGAGGAACCCUAUGGUCCGUUGCACGAAGUGUGACUCCAAGGCAGACAAGAAGACACGUUUCAGGUGUCACAGCUGCCGCCAACCUGUCUGCCCGAGCCACUACUUCCCCUACUGCUGUGAUUGCCUCUAAGGCUGAGGUUUGUUGAUAAAGAACAGCUGAUCGGUAGCGAUGCAAGUGAGACGGGGUUUCAGUUGUAAGAUUGCUUGAGUUUAGCGUUUGUGUUUCCAUGUAGCUCGAUUUUUCCAUUUUAGGAGAUUUCUAAGAUAGAAAAGAGAGAUUACUGUGAUAUUCAAACUCUCAAGAGAGAAAUUAGAUUCCAAAAGAUUCACAUUAGGCAACUGAAGAAUCAUAAAUGCUUUAUUAUGGCAAAGUUAAGGUCAAUUCUGCAUUUAUUUCAGAUUGAUUCAUUGAUAUUAACAUGGUAUUUCUUUCUUCUUCUUUUUUUGUACACAGCAGUCCUACCUUGCAAUUAUCAUUUCAUGUUAAAAUUAUUCACGGCAUAACAAGGGGCGCUCACUAAAGACUUCCCAUGGACCACUUCCCGUGGAUGCAUUUAUUAGUCUUUCUCUGCAUAGGUCCCACCAAGAGUGACACACGUCUCCACUUGUUUUAUGCUCCUCACUUGUGGGAGCCUGCAGGUUGUGUUUGGAGCCAUGAAGUGACUUCAGAAAUCAGUGUCUCAUCUUGGAAGCAUUUGCCCUUCAAAAUUGACUGCAUGGAUGAAAAGAGAUGAAGGUCAGAUGGUACAAAGGCAGGAGAAUAAGCAGGAUGGGGAAGGAUGUUGCAGCCACAGGACCCCGUUCCCAUCUGGGCAAAGGUUCUGUGAACUUCUUUGAGGUAUCUCAGACAUUCUUUGUUCUAAAACCGUGG